AAGACGGGAUCUGACAAGAUGGCCGGGCUGCCCCGAAGGAUCAUCAAGGAAACCCAGCGUUUGCUGGCAGAACCAGUUCCUGGCAUUAAAGCAGAACCAGAUGAGAGCAACACCUGUUAUUUUCAUGUGGUCAUUGCUGGCCCCCAGGAUUCCCCCUUUGAGGGAGGGACUUUUAAACUUGAACUAUUUCAUCCAGAAGAAUACACAAUGGCAGCACCUAAAGUACAUUUCAUGACCAAAAUUUAUCAUCCUAAUGUAGACAAGUUGGGAAGAAUAUGUUUAGAUAGUUUGAAAGAUAAAUGGUCCCCAGCACUGCAGAUCUGCACAGUUCUGCUCUUGAUCCAGGCUUUGUUAAGUGCCCCUGAUCCAGACGACCCACCAGCAAACGAUGUAGCCAAGCAGUGGAAGACCAGUGAAGCCCAAGCUGUAGAAACAGCUAGAGCAUGGAUUAGGCUAUGA